AUGGCAGCUUCUAGAACGCUGCUGGCAGCACGUUGGCAGCGUCAGGCUGUCCUCUACGAGGAGAUGCCUCGUAGAGGAGCGGCUCGGCACCUGUGGAUGGGGCACUCUGGCUGGGGGGGGCUCUCUAACCAUGCGCAGGUACCCCUAGGCAAGUCCUCACCUCGUCCUCAUGUGCAGGUGAAUAACUACGGGCGAAUUAACUCGCCCGACGAUGACAUCCGCGUAGCCAUGGCGAAGAACGCGAGCAAGGCGGGAAGUCCUACCGCCGCCUCCGGUGCGAGCUGUGACGGGGAAGACGGAGACGAAGCACACGGCGACGACGCCAAGGAGGAUUGGCCGGAGAACGGCCACGAUGACAGCGCUUCGGGCGACGAAUUUGGUACUGCCGACAUCGAGGAGGACGAAUGGUGGAAUCAGCCGGUCAGGAGCCACGACGAGGUGGAAGAGUGGCGGGCUGGUGAUUCCGACAACGACGGAGGUGAAGAUGCUCGCGGUGACAACGCGGAGGCACAGGAAGCGGCGGUGGAUGCGAAUGAGGCUGCCGACGAGGCGGCGGCGGAACUCGAGACAGAGGCGCCUGCGGAUGCGGACGCGGUGGCGGAGGCGGACAAGGUGGCUGCGGAUGCCGUCUUAUUUGAGGGUGAGGGCGACGACGACGACCCGUGGAGCCUUGGGACAGACGACGACGUUCCGCUACUGAAGCGGAGGCUGCGCCAUCGCCUACAGUCCACGACGAAGCGCGCCCGCGUGGUGCUCUGUGACGACGACAGUCCCGGGGAGGAGCGUCGCCCCCUACUCACCGCUGCAGAGAAGGGAAAGGCAAAGGUCGUGGAAGCCCCAACUAAGUCCCUUGCUAAGGCCCCUGCAAAGGCCCCUGCUCGUGGCCGCACAAGCAACAAGAAGCGCAAGGACGACGGAGACCCUGGAUCCAGCAAGGGUGCGGCAAAGAAAAAGGCGAAGAAGGCGCCGAAUCCUGACGACAUCAUCGUCAACGAGGCGUUGGGCAACGACGAUGAGUAA